UCAUUAUAAAUUCAAUUCACUACAGUCUUUCACUUUAGUAGAGAUACGCGUACGGCUUUUCUGUUGCUAAUAGCAAUAAAAACUAGUUUGUUUCGCCGGAAAUCGCACAUUGACCUAUCAAAAAUCGAUUAGAACUGUUGGUGGUGCCGUCCUAUAGAUAAGCACUAUCUUCGGCGAGUUAUCAGUGACCGAAGGAAUUAAAGAGAUUUGGUGAGCUCGUACUCGUUCUUUGUGCGCGGUCCAGCAAACUCCGCAGUUCGCAGUCAUCGCUUGAGGUAAUUAUAAGCUUUUAAAAUGGGUAGAAAAGUUUUUGUUGUCGGCGUAGGCAUGACGAAGUUUGUCAAGCCGAGCCCGGACCGCGAUUAUCCCGAGAUGGGGAAGGAGGCGGUGGAGGCUGCGCUCGUGGACGCCGGGAUCAAGUACGAGAAGAUCCAGCAAGCCGUGUGCGGGUACGUGUUCGGAGACUCGACCUGCGGGCAGCGCGUGUUGUACCAGGUCGGAAUGACCGGUAUCCCGAUCUACAAUGUUAAUAACAACUGCUCGACCGGUUCGAACGCGCUCUUUCUCGCCAAACAGCUCAUCGAGGGAGGUAUUUCCGACAUAGUUCUGGCCGUUGGCUUCGAGAAGAUGGCUGCCGGCGCGCUCGGCGCUGGCGCCUACACAGACCGCACCAACCCCAUGGACCGCCACACACUCAAAAUGGCCGAGAUGGCCGAUCUAGCCGCCGCCCCCAUGACACCGCAAUACUUCGGUAAUGCUGCUAUGGAACACAUGAAGAAGUAUGGCACGACAGAACUGCAUUUGGCCAAAAUAGCUGCCAAGAACCACAGACACGGUGUCAAAAAUCCGCGAGCACAGAGCGCAAGGGAGUAUACUGUAGAAGAGGUUUUGAAUUCUAGAAAGAUCUAUGGUCCGUUGACCAAGCUGGAGUGUUGUCCGACUAGUGACGGUGCUGGCGCGGCUGUGCUCAUGUCGGAAGAAGCUGUCAUCCGCCACGGGCUGCAGAACAAGGCUGUUGAGAUCAUAGGUAUGGAAAUGGCGACUGACACAGAAGCCGUGUUCACUGAGAAUAGUUUAAUGAAAAUAGCUGGUUAUGACAUGACCGGGCUGGCUGCUAAGCGCCUUUACGAAAAGACUGGAAUUUCGCCAAAGCAAGUAGAUGUUGUAGAGCUUCACGAUUGCUUUGCUGCCAAUGAGCUGAUUACAUAUGAAGGUCUUCAGUUAUGCGGGGAGGGUCAAGCGGGCAAGUUUGUAGAUGCUGGGGACAAUACAUAUGGCGGACAAGUGGUUGUGAACCCAAGUGGAGGACUGAUAGCGAAGGGACAUCCUCUGGGAGCCACGGGGCUGGCGCAGUGUGCUGAGCUGGUCUGGCAGCUGCGAGGCGAGGCGGGAGAGAGACAGGUCCCACGCGCCCGCAUCGGUCUUCAGCACAACUUGGGUCUUGGAGGAGCAGUCGUCAUCACCAUGUAUCGCAAGGGUUUCACCAAUGCUGCUCCCAAUGCGGUCGCCGCCUCCUCAAACCCUGAGGAAUUUGAGGUCUACAAAUACAUGAAGAUCCUCGAAGAUGCCAUGGAGACAGACACGGAAAACCUCAUCGAGAAGGUCCGCGGCAUCUACGGGUUCAAGGUCAAGGGCGCCAGCGGCAGCGAGGGCUACUGGGUCAUCAACGCCAAGGAGGGCAAAGGCAAGGUCACCUACAACGGCAAGGACAAACCCGACGUCACCUUCACAGUCAACGACAAAGAUGUCGUCGACCUAAUCUCAGGAAAACUUAACCCACAGAAAGCUUUCUUCCAAGGAAAAAUCAAGAUCCAAGGAAACAUGGGACUCGCUAUGAAGCUGACAGACCUUCAGAGGCAAGCUGCUGGCAGAAUAGAGCAGAUCCGCUCCAAACUGUAAAUAAAAAAAAAACUUUUUUUUCUUGGUUAUGGAUCUUGGUCUAGGGCAUUUAUUUUUAAUAAGUCCAUGACAUUAAGUCAGAUGAAAUUAAAUUGGUUAGAAUGAUAGAUUGAAUCUACUAUUUGUAACCGAAAUGAUGUUUAGAAAACGCAGUAUAGAUUUUAGGUGCAAUGUAUUUAUGUAGAUAGCAAUAAUGUUCAAUGUUAUCACAUUCCCUGGAUAUUUUAUAAAAUGGUAAUAUUUUGUUAAUAAAAGUUUUAUAUUUAA